AUGGGCUCCAUCUACCGUUCGGAGGUGAUGAGCCUCUGCCAGAUAUUCUUACAGACGGACUCUGCCUACCAAUGUGUAGCGGAACUUGGAGAACUUGGUCUUGUGCAAUUUCUAGAUUUGAACGAGGAGAUGAAUGCGUAUCAGAGGAAAUUCGUAAACGAAGUACGUCGAUAUUUUAUCGAAGCAGAAGUGCUAAAGGACGAGGUGGAGAUAGUGGACCAUGACGAGCAUGUUCCAGCACCUCAGCCGAAGAACAUGGUCGAAAUGGAGGCCAAUUUCGAGAAACUCGAAGAGGAACUGCUUUCGAUCAACAAAAGCACGAAGCAGCUAAAGAAGAAUCACGUUCAACUUCUUGAGAUGAAAGCGGUACUCGAGAAAGUCCAGAGUUUGUUAGAUGAGGUCAGUCAUUGA